AUGACGAGUGCUUUUGAUGAUGUACAGCUGACGCCCCCAAUUGAGGUGUUUGCCCUCACCAAGGCCUACAACGAGGAUAUCAAUGACAAGAAGGUGAACCUGAGUAUUGGAAUUUAUCGUACAGAUGAAGGUAAACCCUGGGUGCUACCUGUGGUAGCAAGGAUUGAGGCACAAAUUGCUGGCAAUGAAGCACUCAAUCAUGAAUACCUCCCCGUGACUGGAGAUGAGCAAUUUACAAAGGUUGCUGUUGCGCAUCUACUCGGUGAAGACUCUCCAGCAAUCCGAGAGAAUCGUGUAAUAGGAUGUCAGGCACUCUCUGGCACAGGAGCUCUCCGCUUAGGUGCUGAAUUGUUAGCUCGUGUGAUGCACAAGACAACCUAUUGCGUUUCAAUCCCAACAUGGGACAAUCAUGAUGACGUCUUCACCUCUGCUGGUUUCACGCACACCCAUUGCUACAGGUACUGGCAUUCAGCACGACGAGAGAUUGAUAUUGAUGGAAUGCUUGAAGAUUUGGUAGCAGCACCUGAAGGAUCAGUUGUUAAUCUACAUGCUUGUGCCCACAAUCCCACAGGAUGUGAUCCAACUCGUGAACAAUGGAAGCGCAUUGCUGAUGUUUGUGAAGCCCGAAAGCUUUUCCCAUUCUUUGAUUCGGCAUACCAGGGAUUUGCCAGUGGAGAUCCCAUUGAGGAUGCUUUUGCUGUUCGCUACUUUGUCUCACGGGGCUUUGAGAUAAUGUGUGCUCAGAGCUUUGUUAAGAACUUCGGACUCUACUCUGAGAGAGUUGGGAAUUUAGCAAUUGUCCUCGGGAAUCCUACAAAAUUACCAGCUGUUGUAUCCCAACUAUCGCUCCUUAUUCGUGGAAUGUACUCCAGUCCACCAGCCUUUGGGAGUCGCAUUGUAGGAACAAUUCUCAAUGAUCCGGAAUUACGAGCAGAAUGGAUGCUUUGCAUAAAGACAAUGUCAGAGCGAAUUAUGCGAAUGAGGAGGAUGCUUUACGAUCACUUGAUUGCGCUCAAGACACCCGGAACGUGGAGUCACAUCAUUGAUCAAAUUGGUAUGUUCUCCUACACGGGGCUCAGUGAAGAACAAUCACAACGUCUUGCCAGGGAAUUCCACAUUUAUCUCCCCAAAUCUGGACGCAUCUCCUUGUCUGGACUGAAUGACCGGAACAUGGAAUAUGUGGCCAAAGCUAUUCAUUACGUCAUCACGACUACCACAACGCCAUGAUUUCUUUUUAAGUUAAAGACUUUUUGCUGUGAUUGCAGGAAAAAUCAUUUUCUUGCUUUUAAAGAAAACUUUAUUAUUCAAAUUCAACUUUAUAACAAAAAAACAACUUUUGUCAAAUUCAAUUCAAUUGAACAUCGAAUAUUAAUUCAAUUUCAUCGGGCAGAGUAGUCAGAGGUGUAAAAAUUCAUUAUAAUUUCAUUUCAAAGUCAA